AGUAACGUGCAGUAACGUCGUGGAUCUGAGCUGAAGUUUGUGCCUGGAUAAAACCAUUAUCAUUCGCUAUGGAGUACAUGCAAGCUCCAGCAUCAAGCAGCCAAGGCAAUAUCCUUUGCUGCACAUGUGGCAUCCCCAUCCCCCCGAACCCGGCCAACAUGUGCGUGUCCUGCCUCAGGACCCAGGUGGACAUCUCCGAUGGAAUCCCAAAGCAGAUCUCCAUCCAUUUCUGCAAACAGUGUGAACGGUACCUACAGCCUCCAGGCACAUGGGUUCAGUGUGCUUUAGAGUCCCGCGAGCUGCUCGCUCUCUGCCUAAAGAAAAUAAAGGGCUCAAUGUCAAAGGUGCGGCUCAUCGACGCAGGCUUCGUGUGGACAGAGCCGCACUCUAAAAGGAUCAAAUUGAAGCUCACCAUUCAGAAGGAGGUAAUGAAUGGUGCCAUCAUGCAGCAGGUGUUUGUGGUGGAUUUCAUCAUUCAGUCCCAGAUGUGUGACGACUGCCAUCGGGUGGAGGCCAAGGAUUACUGGAAGGCCGUUGUGCAAGUUAGACAGAAGACCGUCCACAAGAAGACCUUUUACUACUUGGAACAGUUGAUUCUGAAGCACAGGGUGCACCAGAACACACUUCGCAUCAAGGAAAUCCAUGAGGGCAUUGAUUUCUACUAUGGCUCCAAGCAGCAUGCCCAAAAGAUGGUGGAUUUCUUACAGUGUAUGGUUCCGUGCAGGUCAAAGUCUUCGCAGCGGCUCAUCUCUCAUGAUGUUCACUCGAACUCCUACAACUACAAAAGCACCUUCUCUGUAGAGAUUGUGCCCAUCUGUAAGGACAAUGUGGUGUGUCUGUCUCCACGUCUGGCUCAGAGCAUGGGAAACCUGGGCCAGGUGUGUGUGUGCAUCCAGGUGACCAGCACCGUGCACCUCAUUGACCCGAACACACUGCAGAUUGCAGAGAUAGAUGCAAACACGUACUGGCGUUACCCGUUUAACAGCCUCCUUAAUCCGCGCCAGCUGGAGGAGUUUAUCGUCAUGGACAUCGACAUCAUCAGGGACCAGCGAUUAGGCGCAGGAGCUGGCCUGAGAUCCAACCGGCACACUUUGGCUGAAGUGUGGGUUCAGAAGACCAGUGAGAUGGACACCGGUCGGCAGUAUCACUGCCGCACACACCUGGGCCACCUGCUCAACAUCGGAGACCUGGUGAUGGGCUACGACUUCGCCAACUCGAACCUCAACGAUGAGUUUCUGAACAAGAUGAAUCCUCACCGUGUGCCUGAUGUGGUUCUGAUUAAGAAGAGCUACGACAGGACAAAGAGAAUAAAGCGCAGGAACUGGAAGCUGAAGGAGCUGCAUAGGGACAGAGAAGGCAUGGACACGGAUGAUGAAAGGCAAUACCAAGAUUUCUUGGAGGAUCUCGAGGAGGAUGAAUCACUGCGUAAGAACGUCAACAUCUUCAGAGACGCCUCCAAGAUUCCUGUGGAGAGCGACACGGAUGAAGAAGGCAUACCAGGGAUCUCUCUGGCGGAGAUGAUGGAGGACCUGAGUCUCAGCGAUGCCACCGGAGGAGAAGGGGCGGACAUGAUGACUGAUUAGAUUAGCAUAAUGAACGCUCAGAGAAGAAACAGCAGCAGUGAGGCAAAAAGGUUGUGGCAGUCCAGGGGGAAUUCUGUACAGGUUUGUUUUCUUUUGUGCUUCAGUGCACCUCCUGAAAGGCUCGAUAAUUAGCAUAAGUUGUACCAGGAAACACACAGUGCAGGAUUCCCUCCAGACUGCCAUAUUGGAAGCUACUGGUGUGUUUCUGUGGAAUUCACGGUUUGUUGUUAUCAGAUAAAAGGAGAACGCUUAAUUUUUUUCCACAAUGCAAUAAUCUUAUAAUAAUCUAAUACUAUUGAAAUAUUAACUUGAGUAAUUGUGUGUUCUGGUAAAGGACUGACUGAAGUUGUGUGGUGUGGUGAUGUUAAAUGCUUCACCAUAAUAAAUAAAAAAGAUCCUGGCCAAUGAA